GGAAUCCCCAAAAUCAAAACAAAUAUGUCAUUUCCAGUGUCACUUCAAGACAUUAUCAAGGCUCAUCAACGGAUUGCCAAACAUAUACACAGGACCCCAGUGCUCACGUGUACUACAAUUGAUAAUCUAGUCAACAGGAAGGUAUUCUUCAAAGCUGAAAACUUGCAGAAAACAGGAUCAUUCAAACCGAGGGGUGCUCUGAAUUCUAUCUUGAAGUUGAAAGAAGAACAUUCCAAAGUAGCUGGAAUUGUGACGCAUAGCAGUGGGAACCAUGGACAAGCUGUAGCAUGGGCUGCCAGAUUGGCCGACCUUCCCUGCUGUGUUGUGGUACCACAAGGAACUCCAGAGGUCAAAGCACAGGCAAUUAAAGGUUAUGGGGCAGACUUGGUAUACUGUGAUCCCAGUCCUACAUCGAGAGUGGAAACAUGUGACAAGAUAGCGAAGGAUAAGGGCUAUUUCAUUGUUCAUCCCUAUGAUCAAUACAACACUAUAGCUGGUCAGGGCACAAUGGCAGUUGAGUUCCUAGAGGAAGUGCCCGAGUUAGACGCUAUUCUGGUGCCAAUAAGCGGGGGAGGGAUGACAUCUGGUAUUGCUAUAGCAGCCAAAGCAAUCAAACCAAGCAUUAAAAUAUUUCCAGUGGAACCCCUGGGUAAAGAACUAGGACCUUGUCUCAAGGAAAAGGCAAGGUUAUGGAAGAAUCCCCCCCAAUUUGUUGACACAAUUGCAGAGGGAAUCCGGACCCAACAACUUGGACAUUUAACAUUCCCUAUCGUGUGUGAAUUGGUUGAGAAACAAGUUUUUACUGUGAGUAACAAAGAGAUGGUAGAAGCUAUGAAGUUCGUUUGGCAGAGGAUGAAGACAGUAAUAGAGGCGAGUUCUGCCGCAGGAGUUCACGCCGUUAUGUCAGAAGAAAUGCGACAGUUAGACCCUUCACUUAAAAAUAUUGGAGUUAUACUUUGUGGCGGAAAUGUCGACAUUGACAAUCUUCCAUGGUGAAAAUCCAUUAAAAAAUGGUGCACAAUUUUAAAAUGAUGAAA